ACAAGAAUAAAGGCUUUUAAUAGGUAUACAUGAACAAUCAUGAAAAUGUCUGUAAACACAUCCCAGUAAUUUGAAAAAGUGAUAAAUCAUCUUCAAGAAGAAUGUAUCCUUAUUAUGAAUCAGAUUGGAGCGUACUGCCUCCCGAGGCCAACAGAAGAUUUAAUCCUGCUUUUAACAUGGCCACAAUUAAACAAGUUGUUAAUGAGGCUAUUGAAAGAGUUCGAAUGCCUACUCCUAUGCGACUGAGGGACUUAAUCCGACAGAUUAGAGCUGCAAGAACUGCUGCUGAAGAACGUAGUGUUGUUAAUAAAGAAUGUGCCUACAUUAGAUCAACAUUUAGAGAAGAGGAUUCAGUAUGGAGGUGUCGAAACAUUGCAAAGCUCUUGUACAUCCACAUGCUAGGAUAUAAAGCACAUUUUGGUCAAUUAGAAUGUUUAAAAUUAAUAGCGAGCUCAAGAUUUACUGAUAAAAGGAUUGGUUAUUUGGGUGCGAUGUUACUGUUAGAUGAACGUCAGGAUGUGCAUUUAUUGAUAACAAAUUGCCUUAAAAAUGACUUGAAUUCGGCUACCCAAUUCGUUGUUGGAUUGGCGCUUUGUACAUUGGGAGCGAUCGCUUCCCCUGAAAUGGCUAGAGAUCUGGCGGGAGAAAUUGAGAGGUUAAUGAAAUCGCCUAACGCCUAUAUUCGCAAGAAAGCGGCUCUAUGUGCGUUCCGCAUUAUCAAAAGGGUACCUGAAUUGAUGGAGAUCUUUUUGCCAGCCACGAGAAGCCUUCUUUCUGAAAAAAAUCACGGUGUUUUAAUAACAGGAGUGACACUUAUUACAGAAAUGUGUGAAAAUAGUCCUGAUACUUUGAACCAUUUCAAAAAGAUCGUGCCAAAUCUUGUAAGGAUUUUAAAGAAUUUGAUAUUGGCAGGCUAUUCUCCAGAGCAUGAUGUUUCCGGUGUUAGUGAUCCAUUUUUACAAGUAAAAAUAUUGAAGCUGCUACGAGUAUUGGGAAUCAACGACGUCGAUGCCUCAGAAGCUAUGAACGAUAUCUUAGCACAAGUAGCUACCAAUACAGAAACCAGUAAGAAUGUUGGCAAUACCAUUUUAUAUGAAACUGUUUUAUCAAUAAUGGACAUCAAAUCCGAAGGAGGUCUGAGAGUAUUAGCCGUCAAUAUCCUUGGAAGAUUUUUGCUAAAUAACGAUAAAAAUAUACGAUACGUAGCUUUAAAUACACUACUGAGGACGGUUCAUGUAGAUACUUCUGCAGUUCAGCGACAUCGGUCGACAAUCUUAGAGUGCUUGAAAGAUCCCGACGUUUCGAUACGAAGAAGGGCGAUGGAAUUGUCGUUCGCUUUGGUCAAUUCUCAGAAUAUUCGGACGAUGAUGAAGGAGCUAUUAACAUUUUUGGAAAAGACAGAUCCCGAGUUUAAAGCCCAGUGUUCCAGUUCCAUAGUAUUAGCGGCAGAGAAAUAUUCACCGAAUAAAAGGUGGCAUUUGGACACUCUUUUGAAAGUUUUAGUAGCGGCUGGUAAUUACGUUCGAGACGACGUCAUCAGUUCGACCAUCCAAUUAAUUUCUGACAGCAAUAGUCAGCAGGCCUAUGUCAGUCUUCAGUUGUUUAAAGCGCUAUCAGAGGACCUUCAGAACAGACAGCCUUUGACUCAGGUAGCAGUUUGGGCGAUAGGCGAGUACGGUGAUUUACUGCUUCAAGGAACUCAAGAUGAUGAAAAUGGUGUAACGGUUCCAACAGAAGAAGAGGUCAUAGAGGUGUAUCAACGACUGUUGUGGUCUACUCAGAAUACUGUCAUGACUAAACAAUUUACCCUUAUGAGUUUGAUGAAAUUGAGCACUAGAUUUAAUUCUACUCACAAUAAAAUUCAGCAAAUCAUCAGCUCUUUCUGUUCGAGUUUGCACGUAGAACUACAACAAAGGGGCGUCGAGUAUUCUCAACUGUUCGGUAAAUAUUCACAUUUGAGACCGGCUUUGUUGGAAAGAAUGCCUCCGAUGGAGAUAACACGAACGCAAACAGAGAAUCAAACAAAUGGAGACGUUAGCGAUUCUGAACCAAGAUCUAAUGAAGAUAGUCCUCAACAUAAUGUAAAUAGUGAUUCUAAUGCCUUAUUGGACCUGUUAGGAGGAGACAGCGGAACAGAUCUAGAUAUAAUAAAGCCGAAUUCGCAGCCUAUCACCACGUCUCUUUCAAAUACCAACAACCAGGAUCUCUUAGACUUAUUAGGCCUCGGUCCCAUUUCGUCUACACCAACAACGGAUACAGGUGGCAACAAUAUGGGUCUGAUCAUGGAGAAUAAUAAUAGCAACGUAUUAAUUAGUAAUCAGAAUUCGAAUUUCUUAUCGGGAGAUCUGUUCGGUGAUAGUAAUACAAGUACAGAAGGGAACGUGCCUACAGUAACUGCCUAUCAAAAAGAUGGAUUAAAAAUAAUAUUUUCUCUAGAAAAAAUACCAGAUAGUAACACUUUAUCUAUAAAUGUCGCUACGACAAAUUAUACAGUAUCCACAAUGACUGACUAUAUAUUCCAAGUAGCUGUUCCUAGGUCAUUCCAGUUACAAAUGUUUUCACCAUCUGGUACAGUGUUGCCACCUAACGGCCAAGUAACACAAGAUUUUAGGGUAACUAAUCCAAGUAGGGCUGCGUUAAGAAUUAAAGUUCGUCUGUCUUACAUGAUCGACGGCAAUCCUGUCCAGGAUGAAACAGAAGUUAAUAGCUUUCCCGAAAACAUUUGGGAUUGACGGAUAAAAUAUGGCUGAAGCAAUCUAAGGGAAAUCCCAUCUUGUUGAAUAUUUAUAUUUAUAUUAAAGUUUUAAGUCUAUUUUUAUUAUAGACUUUCGUAUACAGAGUAAAUCAACUUGAAAAUCGAAAGGUGUUGGUGUUUUAAAAAUGUUUAUUACUAGCAAAUUCAAUUUUGCAGUUUACUAUAUAUUUACUAUUUAGCUUGGAGUAAUUCUGUAAGUGUUGACAUGCAUACUACAUUUGUUUUGGUUGUAAAUAAUAAAUUUUUGUAUUAUU